UACCCAUUGCUCAUUCUCCUUCAACCUCUUCUUUUUCUCCUCUUGAACACCAAAAAAAAAAAAAAAAAGAUGGUUCCAUUUCUUCUUCAUCUUCAUUGAUCUAGCAAUUGUCAAGUACUAAAGAUCUCUCUCUCUCUAUCUCUAAAAAGAAGCUGAAUUUGCCUUUUCCAAAUCUCCUUCCUCACCAUGGAAAUUACCAGACUCAAAGUCCCAUUCUCAUUUCUUCUCCCUAUACUCCUCCUCCUCCAAACAACCAAGCAAACGACAACCACCGCCCCAAAAACGACAUCAAACUACCAGAUCGCCUGCACAAUGUGCUCCGCCUGCGACAACCCCUGCGGCGGCGCCGUCCCCUCUCCGCCGCCUCCCUCCCCUCCACCGCCGUCCUCCUCCUCCUCCAUCUGCCCUCCACCGCCGUCCUCCAUCUCCUACUCCUCCCCUCCUCCGCCCUCACAAUCCUCCUACCCCUACUACUCUCCCCCACCACCCUCCUCCUCCGGCGGAGGCGGCGGCGGCGGAGUUUACUACAACCCGCCGGUGCCGUACAACAAGAACUAUCCAGCUCCGCCACCGCCGAAUCCGAUUGUUCCCUACUUCCCCUUCUACUACCACAGCCCUCCUCCGCCCUCCAAUUCCCCCUCCUCCUCCUCACCAAGAACGUUGAUUUUUUCUAUUGUCGUUUCCAUUUUCGUGUUUUUUCUUUGAACGAAAGUUUACGGAGGAAAAAGAAAAGUUUUUUUUUUUUUUUUUU